AACACACAUUAACAAAUUAUUACCAACCAGCAUCUACCCUGACAUGGGGCAGCCCCCCUCUACUCCAACAUCCAGACGGGUCGUCGUACCUACAGUGCUGUGAUCCCAUAGCUCUUCAGGUGUUGCUCUCGCUCACACGUCGCAGGGAAACCCUUCCUCACGGCUACCAGUAACCACGCGCGCGCGCGCACACACACAUACCCAGAUAGAAAGAGAAUCACCUUUCCAUCUGCCACCAACGGGGAACAGGCAUAGACACCAGUGCACCACCAUCGAGACCGGACUCGAGCCAACGGGCUACAGACAUGUCGACCGAGAUUGUGACACCCAUCUCCGCACCAAGAAUCGCCGCUGUAACCCCGCAAAUUUCUCCACCUUUCUGCUUCUAGCACAUCUUAGUCUCCCAGGAUCUCUUGGUCACGAUGUGCGUGAUGGCAGCGGUCUUGUCAGCAUUGGGAAGGACGCCGCCAUCGCCGGCUCUUGGGCGGCGGGCCUUGGGUACUCGCUCGGUACGCCAGCGCGACUUGGGAUUCGACAUUGACCUUGGUCCAUUUUGGUUGCUUUUGGGGGUGGGCGGGCUUUGUUGGAGAAAAAAUCGCCAAAACGCCUGGCUGAACGAGCCUCUUUGCCCAUUUGCCUCUUGAAGGUUCUCGCCGUCUCGGAUUCUGCCUCCUUUCUUUCAAUGGUAUUUGAGCCGGCUCUUACCCGACAUCUUACUUGACUCGCACGAGUGCUCCUUCGACUCCUCUUCUCCCACCUUUCUCCGCCCUCUCCAAAUCCCCCAUAUCUCGCCGUUCUGCUCCAGUCUCCAGAAGCACCACCUACAUUCCCCAUCCCCCACGCCCUAAGAGAACGGACCAACAAUACGCAUUCGUCUUCACCUCAGCACAUCGGCCCCCGGCCCCUGGCCCUCCAAGCUUGCGGCCCCGUCGAAAAAGGGCGAGAACAGAACCCAGAAAGAGAGAAAAGCUUUCCUCGUUAAAGCCCGUUUACCCUCGGCACCAGACCGACAAAUCGAUUCUUAAGCAGAAGGCAAGGAGUAUUAGGCUGGAACAGAGUCAAAGGGCGGAAAAAGAGACGAGGGAAAUACCCACUACACAGACUUGGUCGACUUCCUCCAGUCCCCACGAGCUUCUCGAUUCUACCUUAUUCACCCCUCCAUCCCAUAAGGCACCACCAGCAAAACCAGCACCACCUUGCGCCCGCUGACCCCGACCGUCACCUAUUACUGCGGGACCCUACCCGACAUCGUGAAAGCCUGUCUUCGUUCGUCUUCUAGGCCAAGUAGCCUCGGUCCACACACUCUUACCGCAGGCCUUCUCCCUUCUCUCCGUGCGUGAUGUAGGUGUAGGGCAACUUCGUCCAUAUACCACAUCUUUUGAGAGAAACACAACUCCGGCAACCUUGAAAACCGCCAUGCCUGUGCGCGCCACAGGUUCCAGCUCUUGAGCAUCAUGUUACUGUAUACUAAACUCGCCCCGCCAAAGGCUCCCAAGAGACGAUCCAGAUCAGGAUGUACUUAUUGCAAAGAAAAGAAGAAGAAAUGCGACGAAUCCCGCCCGCAGUGCUCUCGAUGCGCCGAGCGUGGCCAGGAAUGCUCUUACGAACCUGUCAAGCCUCGACAGCGCAAGAAGCGUGAUUCCAUUGCCGGUUUCGGUUCCGACACAGCCUCUCUCACGAGCGGAAGCGCCCUCAUCCGACGAUAUUCAGCACCCGAUGCUACCAUUAGACGUUGGAAGGAGGAGGCUCUUGACGACGAAGACGAUGGAGCGGUGGAGGAGGCCAUUCUAGAGGAACCGGAAGACAGUGCCGACCCGCUGGCCUACGACUUCAAGAAGAUGUUUGGUCUGCAUCACGACAAGGACGACGCUCCGCUGAUCUCUCCGGUAGACUCUGUCGCUUUCAAUCUUUCAUUGGAAGAUGCAGACGAGGAGAUUGUUCGCCGUCGCUCUGUGCAGCAGGAUGCCAUUCAAAAUCUUGCAGUUACACGAGCUCAGCGCCACCCGGACCUGGCCAUGAUAGCACCUGUCCCAGUGGCGUCGCCGCGUCUCGAGUUCCUGUUCCCGACGUUCUCCGAGUUCUCGGAACGGCCGAACCGUCGAGCGUUAGUCGAUCACUUUACCAACGUCAUGUCACACCUCAUAGUGCUGCGAGAGACGGAAGCCGGGAAUCCGUUCCAGCAACUUGUGCUGCCGCUGUGCCACAGGAGCAAGACCGUCACAAACGCUAUCUAUGCGCUCGCGAGUGCGCAUUUGGAGAACAGAGGCUGCGGUCACACGGAAGAAAAGGCGGUCUAUUUCCACAACCAAGCCAUCCAAGGCCUGGCUCGGUUGAUUGAACUCGGUGGGGAAGCAAAUAAGAACGAGCUUUUGGCCACGAUCAUGUUGCUUGUCUAUUAUGAAGUACUCGUGCAACAAGGCCGGUCCAAUAUUGUUGAUGGUCAUCUAAAAGGUGCCAUUGCAAUUAUGAGCGGCAGCAGUGACAACACCGACCCGACCACCGCUUUUCUCGAACGCGCGUUCCGUUUCUACGAUGUUAUUGCUGCGCUUUCCUUUGGCACAGCUCCCCUCUCCACCGCACCAGCGACAGGAUGCCUCAUCCCUUUCCCACCGAUUGACUCCCCUACCACUUCGCCUCUCAACUCUGUCGAUACGUUGCUUGGCUUCUCUACAACGCUUUGGCCUAUUAUCCACCGCCUCUCGAACCUUCUCGCCCUCAAAACCGAGCUCCAGACAGCGAUUACCAACGGUCAGCUCACAAAGGUCGCGGUCCUGCGCUCCGAAUUCGAGACCACUUCGGACGCAAUUGAGCAUGCCCUCAAGCAGUGGCAACCCAGCUUUCCUCCGGGUUUCUCACCAGACACGAUGGACGACCUGAGCUCAGAUGAGCCUGAUAUUGUUUCUGAGCGCGCACGCCUGCAUUCGAUUCUCAACAAUGCCCUCGCUUACCGCCACUCUGCGUUUGUUUAUCUCUACCGCAGCAUCUACGGAUACCCGAGACAGCAUCAUCUUGUUCAGCACCAUACGCAUGCGGCACUUAGCCAUUGUGCUGCAACAGUCAAUCACGCCGGACCCAUGGCGGCUCUUUUGUGGCCACUGUUUGUGGCAGCAUGCGAAGCCAUCAGCCCGAGCGACCGACAACUAGCCCGGCAGGCUUUUGUGGCUGUUGAACGCCGGCAGGGCAUGACGAACAUUCAGCGUGCGUGGACAAUUGCGCAAGAGGUCUGGAGGCGAGCAGACAUGAUUGACGACCAUGCCGCGUAUGAGGAUCAUGCCAUUGGAAUGUCCACACCUGGCCAACGGCUCGGUAAAGGAGCCGACUUGUGGAGACGUGUUAGCGAGGACAUGGGCGUCACGAUUGUCUUUGGGUAGAGGGACGCAGCAUGUCGUCUCUUUGGAUACGGACUUGUCCAUCAUCACCGCCCACCGUAUAUAGUAUGGAGUCAUCGAUGAGAUUGAACGUAAUGAGCAAAGGCAGGCAAAUCAGGGAGGUGUGGUUUACACAAAAAAAAAUCUUUUACGGGGGCGGGGGUUAACGGUAAUAUGGCGGUGGUUUCGGCGCUACCGGUUCUUUUGAGGUCGCACAUGAGAAGGCAGUAUUUCAAAGGGGGCCAGCCAGAGCUGCAGGUGUGUUUGCGGGACAAGGAGUUUAUCUGAGAUUUUACGAUAUCAUCAUCUUGUAGUAGGCGUUAGUUAAUCCAAG